AUGCCUCGUGGUCCUGUCAAGUUCCGUGAGAACCCAGACUUUGUCCCUUUCCACCUGCUUCCUCGUCCUCCUCGCCAACCGGCGACUCCGGCGCAUCAGCGCCCAGUCCUUCGUUGUCCGCCGGCGCCGCGACGCCCUGGCUAUCACCGCCUCCUCGUCCCCCCGCCGCGUCCUCGCUCUCCUCCCCAGUACAACGGAUUUCAGAGUCCAUCUGUGUCCAAGUCUGGGGUCAGCAAGGCGCCUAUCAACCGACCCCUUCCUCCGCCAUCGCGCAUUCCGAUCCUUUCCAAGACAUUUUUCUCCAAGAAAGUGUCGUCCCGGCCUCAGACCCGCCUGUCUGAUUCUUCGGAGGCAUCCGUAUCUCUCUUGCCCAUUCGCUGCGAGAAGAAAGGUCAGUCGGCGACAACUUCCACGCCUCCACGACUGGCAAAACCCGCACGCCCCGCGAUUCGUGAGACGGCCCCGACAAGUGCUCGCCAAAGGGUGCCCGCCUACGGUGGUCUCCUUGUUCGACCUGGUUCGUCCGAGGAGAUGCCGGAGAAACGGGUCCGCUUCGGCGAUGUGACCGUCCACGAGGUCGGCUUCUGGAUCGACCGACAGCGGCACGUCUUCCGAGACGGCGCUUACCUCACGGGACGCCUGCAGGGUUGGCGAGUGACGCCUCGAGCCGAACCCGACGAAGAGGGAGAGACCGAGAAAUACAUGACCAUGUGGGGUCAUGACCACAGCUCCCUCUUCUAUCACGACGCCCACAAGCCGUGCACCAACGACGGCUGCGCGUGGAAUUCGCUCGCUCGCAUCAAGCGCCGCUGGCGGGAGAAGGGGAUCCAUGGGUGGAACCGCGACGAUAUCUUCCGGACGUGGAAUAGAUAUCGUGAAAAAGUCAGGGAGCGUGGUGGAUUUGCUCUAUACAUCUCGGGCGAGAAGCCUACUUUUCUUAUCGCACACUCUUUUGGUUUUGCUUUUGCGUUUGCUCUUGUUCUGUAUUUCUUACUUAUCGCCGUCUCACUGAAGAAGAUACUCAUCGAGAGGGCCAGUCAUGGACCUGUUUGGCCGGAACUCACUAACGAUGUAACAUGCUGGCACGAUUCGGUCGAGGGUUGGGCUCGAGGCUCACCCUCGGGGGAGGAUCUGGCUGGAACAUAUGUAUGGUAG